AUGGGUAUUUUAACAACCCAAGAUAAGGAAAAAAUCAAAAGAACAGUACCAAAAGCAAGUAAUAAAAUUAUUGAUGCAACAGUUGCUAGAUUAUACAUCGCAUAUCCAGAUCCAACAAAAUGGGUUUAUACAGGCUUAGUUGGAGCAAUUGCAUUAGUAGAUGAUUUAGUUGGCCAUACUUUUUUUCUUAAAUUAAUAGAUAUUACUGGUCAUCGAGGUGUUUUAUGGGAUCAAGAAUUAUAUGUAAAUUUUGAAUAUAAUCAAGAUAGAAAAUUCUUUCAUACUUUUGAAAUUGAAGAUUGUUUAAUUGGAUUACUAUUUGAGGAUACAAAUGAUGCAACUCAUUUUUAUAAAAGAGUUACUACUAGACAGAAACAUGGAUCUAGUGCAACUGUGAAGAAUAAAAAUGCAAUCGCUUUAAAAGAAAGAGUAGAACCUAAAAACCAUAAUACACCUGGACCAAGAGGUGAAUUCAUGGAUGUAAAUACAGCUCAAAGACAAAGACGAUCUAAGGGAGUACUAUAUUACGAUGAUGUUCCACCACCAGAAUGGAGAUCACUUUAUGCAGAAUUAGAAUCAGCUGGUAUCACAGAAGAUAUGAUUGUUGAUAAUAGACAAUUUAUAAAAGAUUAUAUUGCACAACAAGGUGGUCCAUUAGUUGGAUUAGAGCCACCUGUUCCAAGAAAAUAUCAAAGAGCGCAUGAAAAAAACGAGGGAAUAUACGACUCACCUCCAGUUGAAUCGAAACCAUCAAUUAAACAUAAAAAAGCUCCGCCACCACCCCCUCCUCCUGCAGCAUCUUCAUCUCAAUCUCCAGCUCCAUCUCAACCAACAAAUCAUUCUUAUUCACCUUCUAUUGAAGAAGGAGGAUCACCACAACCUGAAGAAACGACUUCAAGCCCAGAACCUGCUAAAUUUAAACCUGUUUUCAGAGUGCCCCCACCUAUUGCGAAUUUACCAAAACCUCCUUCUCAACAAAAUAAUGAGCAUCAACCACCUACAAGAACAACAUCAUUGGCCUCGAAUGAAAGACCGCUUCCAUCAACCCCACCACAAACGAAUCAAAAUCAAUCUCAUAAAUUUAACGUUCCUCCACCACUUUCAAAUAUGAAUCAUCAAGCACCACCUGUGCCACCAGCAAGAGGGAAUGCCCCUCCUCCUCCUCCUAGAGCAAACGGACAAUCUUCAGCUCCUUCUCAAAGAGUACAGCCAAUUCCUCCUACUAGAACAGGUAAUGUACCUCCUCCAGCUCCUCCACCAAGAGCUGCUAGAGGUGCUGCUCCUUCUCCCCCACCUUCGAGAUCACAUCCAGCUCCUCCACCACGAAAUACACAGCCACCGCAAUUACCACCAGUACAUCAUCAACCACAACCCCAACAACAACAAUACCAACAACCUCCACCACCACAACAAUAUCAACAACCACCUGCACCUCCACCACUCCAACCAAGACCUGCAGCCUCAAUACCUCAAGCUUCACCUGCACCUCCAUCACUACCUCAGUCAAUUCUGUCACCACCUCCACCUCCACCUCCUAUGCCACAAUUAAGCUCUAAUAAUGCGCCACCUUCUCCUGGUCCACCUCCUCCAACUUCCUCAGACAAUUCAAAUAACAACUUUACAGAAGCUACUGGUGAUGCUGGUAGAGACGCAUUAUUAGCAUCAAUUAGAGGAGCAGGAGUUACUUCUUUAAAAAAGACAGAUAAAUCACAAUUAGAAAAACCAAGUGUAUUAUUACAAGAGGCAAGAGGAGAACCAAAUCAAGGUACUAAUGCUUCGAGUCCACCUCCUUCUGCAGGACCACCUGGAAGUUUAGCAGAUGCUUUAUCAUUAGCAUUGAACAAGCGUAAAGCAAAAGUAAGUCAAAGUGAUGAUGAAGAUGAUGAUUGGUAA